AUGGCACACAUCCCACAUUUGGCAUCUUUCUUUCUCUUUCUGACUAAGCUCAGCCUUGGCCAGAGAGAAGUGACCCUCCAGAAAGGACCGCUGUUUCGGGCUGCAGGCUACCCCAUCAGCAUUGGCUGCAAUGUCACUGGCCACCAGGGACCUGCUGAGCAGCAUUUCCAGUGGUCUGUUUACCUGCCCAAAGCCCCGACCCAAGAAGUCCAGAUUGUGAGCACCAAGGAUGCCACCUUCUCUUACGCGGUGUACGCACAGCGGGUGCGAAGCAGGGGGAUCUACGUGGAGAGGGUCCGGGGCAACUCAGUCUUCCUGCACAUCUCAGAGCUCCAGCCGAAGGAUUCUGGCGAGUAUGAGUGUCACACACCCAACACGGAUGAAAGAUACUAUGGCAAUUACAGUGCGAAGACUAGGCUAAUUGUUAUUCCAGAUACCCUCUCUGCCACCAUGAGUCCCCAGACUCUCCGUAAGGAGGAAGGCGAAUCAUUAGAACUUACCUGUGAAGCAUCCAAAGCCACAGCUCAGCAUACCCACCUCUCUGUCACCUGGUACCUGAUGCAGGAUGGAGAAAGAAACCAAACUACCAAGAUUAUUUCCCUCUCCAAAGAUUUCGUGGUGAUCCCUGGGCCCUCAUAUACAGAGAGGUUUGCGGCUGGUGACGUCCAGCUCAGCAAGCUUGGGGUCGCCACCUUCAGGCUGUCCAUAGGGAGGCUCCAGCCCUCAGAUCAAGGCCAGCUGUUCUGUGAGGCAACUGAAUGGAUUCAGGAUCCAGAUGAAACCUGGACUUUAAUCACAAGAAAGCGGACAGCUCAAACAGCUCUGAGGAUCCAACCAACAGUGAGAGAUUUGCAAGUCAACAUUUCAGCUGAGAGCACGUUUACUACAGGGAAAUCCUUAGAACUGGUCUGCCUGGUCGUAGGCAGUGGCCGGGACCCACAGCUUCAGGGCGUUUGGUUCUUCAAUGGUAAUGAGAUGGCCCGCAUGGAUGCUGGGGGUGUUCUGGACCUGAAGGGAGACUACAGACAGAGAGCAAGUCAAGGACAGCUCCAGGUUUCAAAGUUAACCCCCAAGGCUUUCUCUCUCAAGAUCUUCUCUGCGGGCCCCGAGGAUGAAGGCGCCUACAGAUGUGCUGUGGCGGAGAUGGCAAGAGCCCAGAUGGGCUCCUGGCAGGUGCUUCAGAGCAAGCAGUCACCAGACAGCCAUGUGCAUCUGAGGAAACCAGCAGCAAGAAAUGUGGUCUUAUCUACCAAGAACCAGCAGCAAGCUGUGUGGGAAGGAGAGGCAUUAACCCUUCUCUGCAAGGCAGAUGGGGCUGAGAGUCCCUUGUCUGUGGAAUGGUGGCAUCUUCCACAAGGCCAGAAGCAGCCAGAGUUGGUGGCUGGCAUGCAGCAGGAUGGCACCAUGCAGCUGGGGACCUCCUACAAGGAACUCAAUAACCAGGCCUCCACAAGGCUGGAGAAAAUGGACUGGGCUACCUUCCAGCUGGAGAUCAGCUCCACCAGCACCACAGACAGUGGCAUGUAUGAGUGCAGAGUGUCUGAGGGCACCCGGAACCAGGCCAGAGGGCGGAGCUGGACUCAGAAGUUGGCCGUCACUGUCAAAUCUCUGGAGUCGAGUUUAUGGGUUAAGCUGAUGAGCCGUCAACCCAAAGUGGAAUUAGCCGAGACCUUUGGCCUGUCCUGCAUAGUGGAGGCUGACUACGCCAACCUCAGGGUGCCACUCACCGUGACAUGGCAGUUCCAACCAGCAAGAUCUCAAGUCUUUCAUCCGCUUGUUCGAAUCACCCAUAAUGGCACUAUUGAGUGGGGGGAUUUCCUAUCUCAGUUCCAAAAGAAGACAAAAGUUUUACAGUCCUCGUUUCAUUCUCGACUCCUAAUUCAUGAUGCCACCGAGGAAGAAGCAGGAGUUUAUCAGUGUAAAGUAGAAGUUUACGUCAGAAAUUCCCUAUGCACAAGCGGCCCCGUGAGGGCUUCUGCCGUCUCUCACUCACUGAUGAUAGCCAUCACUUUACCAGAAAGCAAGCUACAAGUGAACUCAAGCAGUCAAGUCCAAGAGAUCCUCAUCAACUCCAACACCAACAUAGAAUGUAGCAUCUUGUCCCGGUCCACUGGAGACCUUCAAUUAGCUGUCAUUUGGUACUUCUCUCCCAGUUCCACUAAAGCAACCUGGCUGAAGAUCCUGCAAAUAGACAAAAACAAUGUUGUAAAAUAUGGGGAUGAAUUUCACACCCUACGGAGAAAACAAAAAUUCUACCCCGAAAAAGUUUCCCAAGACUUGUUUCAGCUACAUGUUUUGAACGUGGAAGACAGUGAUCAGGGCAAAUACCACUGCGCUGUGGAGGAAUGGCUCUUGUCUACAAAUGGCACUUGGCUCAAGCUUGGAGAAAAGAAGUCAGGUCUGACAGAAUUGAAACUCAGGUCCACAGGAAGUAAGGUGCGUGUUUCCAAAGGGUACAGAACAGAAAAUGCUACUGAGCACGGAGAAGUGGCCAUCCACUGCAGCCUGGAGAGUUCUGGCAGCUCAGCUUCCCUGUUCUCUGUGAUGUGGUACCAGAACAGGGAAAAUUCUGGAAGGAAGAUGCUGGUGCACUUGCAGCAUGAUGGCUUGUUGGAGUAUGGUGAAGAGGGGCUCAGGAGCCAUCUGCACUGUUACCGUUCAUCCCCUACAGACUUUGUCCUGAAGCUUCAUCGGGUAGAGAUGGAGGAUGCUGGGCUCUACUGGUGCAGGGUGACAGAGUGGCAGCUGCAUGGCAGUCCAAGCAAGUGGGUCAACCAAGCAUCAGAUGAGUCACAGCAUAUGGUGCUCACGGUGCUGCCUUCAGAGCCCACAUUUCCUUCCAGGAUCUGCUCAUCAACAUCUUUACUCUAUUUUCUAUUGGUCUUCCCCUGCAUUCUGUUGAUUCUUCUGUCCAUUUCCCUCCUCUGCUGGUACCACAAGGCCAGGAAGUUGUCAGCACUGAGUCUAAAAGCACAGAAUGAAAAGGCUCUCUGGGUGAACUUGAAAGGGACUGGUGACUGGACAACAAACCGGAGGGAAGAGGAAGAGGAAGACCAUUGA